GGAAAAUUUGUCAUUUAUUUUGGUUUAUUUCAUUUUUCGUUUGUAAUAUUUAAGGGAAAAAAAGUCGAAUUGAAGCAGUCUGUAAUAAAACAGAUUAACAGUCGUAGUAAUAGUUUACAUUACUAUGUACCCGUGAAACUAGUAAGUUUGCAAACACAAGUCGUCGCUGGGAUAAAUUAUUUGAUGGAACUGAAAGUUGCUGAAUCGAAUUGUUUAAAGAAUGUCAGUUAUUAG